GGUAGUUUUCAGUUUUACUUAAUUUUGCCCAAAAUGUCAACUGAUCAUAGAUCUCCCAAUUCGUUAUUCCCCCCGGUUUCACAACCUUCUCAGUACAAGCCACCUCAAAGGAGAGAUCUACCCACUGAAAUUCCGCACAUACCUGACAAUAAUGGCCCAUCAACCGAAUGGCUCCCUAUAUACAACAAACGAACCCCUUACGUUGAGGCCGAAAUUGUAUAUCUCAUUCAUGAAAUUGUCCGAAAUUAUGUUCGGCUGUCAGCAGUUUCGGAGGAUGCAGUGACUUGGCCUCCAGAGGGUGGCCAUCACCUUGAUGAGGCGCUUUGCAAUGAGCUCAAUAUUUCUGAUGCGGCAAAAUCACUAAUCCGGCUUUUACCUUCUGGAAGUAGCAUCUUCCCGGUUUUUCUUUAUCAAUCCAGUCAACUUUUUGAAAUUUCGGAUGAUGGUUUUAGUUUGCGCGCUAGUCGCGAGUCUCCAUCGUUUGAUGAGGAAAAAGACCCCCCAGCCGAGCGCUAUAUAUUACCGUAUGAUGUUCAGCUGUCUGCUGGGGAUCCGGAGACGCCUGUUAUAAUCCUUGAUACAAGAGAAAACACGAUCCGAGUAGUAUCUACUAUGGACGAUGGUGCAGACGAUUCGAAUCCCCCUAAUGCACCCCUUGAGCGACCUGAUGACCCUUGCUACUAUCGAAACUAUUGGCCUAGGCAUGCUCCAAGUUUCCUUAGUAUACAGUUGAAUAGAAUCAAGGCUUUAGAUGUCAUUCCACCGGGACCGAGUGCAUUAAGCUACAUUGACUUUGCAGACGAAUGGAUGCGGCGUAAGAUCAAGCAUUCUCUAGAAGGUACAUAUGGUUGGCCGGAUAAUUUCAAUCAAGAAGCAUGGGAUGAAGAUCGUGAUCUAAUUUGGGAAGAGGCUGAAGAAGAGUACGAACGUUUGGGUCGACCAAAUGUGUUAAGAUUCUUAUGAUCUACCCAAUAAGGUUUCGAAAGAUGUAUCACCAAAUUACAAUCAUUUGAUUCCCUUGAAAUGAGCACGGUGAAAAGCAAAAGUUCUGAAAGUACAAUAUCAAAUUUAUAUAGAUUCCUAAAAGCAAAACUACA